UGUUAAGUAGUAUGUUUACACCGCAGGAAAUAAAGAAACAAUUAAAAGAGUUGUUAGUACUGAAACGUAGCGGGGAAUUGGAUAGCGAGGAGAAGAUUUUCAAUUCGAACGAUGAAUAUUGGAGAGAUUCUGUGACCUAUAGUUGCUUGGAACACUAUGUGUAUCAUCACGACGAAGAAAUUAAAUUAAAUACACUUGCUCUUGUGGUUGAGUCUAGAAAGAGCACUCUGAAAUUUAAAUCUAAGGAACUUGAUAUAGUUGUCUUAUUUUUGCAAGUGAAUUUUAAGGAAAAACUCGAAUUUGUGCCUCUGAUAAAAAAGGCUUUAAAGCGUAUGAAAGACAGCUUGGCUGUCGUGAGAAGGCAAUGUAUGCAAGAAGAAAAAAUCAGGGAUAAUUACAAGAAAACUUGCAGCCCAUCAGAAGUGAAACAGGAAAUAUUAGAUGCAUCUUACAAAAUAUCCUCCAUUCUUCAGAAUGAGAUAGACAUGUAUUGCAAUGUUUUUCAAUCUAUCCGUAACAUGUGCAUAUGCAGUCCAGAUGCAACAUACAACAGAAGGAAAUCUUCUCUGCAGAUAUUACUCUUGAUGAAAGACUUUUUAGAUAAUGAAUUCAAACAUAUCUGUUGGAAGGCUGAACAAGUGGAAGCAUUGUUCGAUCUAAUGUUACUAGACACGUAUGAAGGGAACAAAGAAAUGGCAUUUAACUUGAUAAAGUCAGUAGAGCCAAGUUUACUACAGUUAGAUAAUGAAAGUCGUGUUUGUGAUAUUAUCACUGUUGCUAUUGAAUUAGGUAACAGAAUUAGACCUAUUGAUAGUAUCACAGCAGCUAGCAUGCUUAAAGUCAGCAUGCUGUCACCUAUUGUAAAGAAUGUACUUGAAAACCAAUUGGGUAUAACAAGGUGCUCUGAAGAUAUAACAGAAGCACCUCUGUUGCAAUUGAUACUAAUUUUGCUAGAAAAAUUAAAGGAAUCUUUGACUCUUGCAAAACAGAAUAUAGUGAAGACUGUUACAAAACAUUCCUUGUAUGGAUAUCUAUUUUGCAUCCGAAAUUUGCUACAGGAAUGCAAUUUGAAGAGUGUGGAGAAAGAGCAAUUAUGGCAAAACACUAUAGCAGAAUUGAUUUCUGCAUGUUUUCAGUUCAGCCAUGCAGUUUCAUUGAUAGUAAAUAAUUCUUCACCAGAAGGACAUUUACCAAUGGACCUGAAUAUAAAAACUAUCAAUGAAAUAUGCGAUUCGGUACCUGAAAAACAAAUAGUAACUCCACAAAUGGUUUUACUUUGUUCUUGGCGUACUAUAAAGGAAGUUAGCUUAUUAUUUGGUUUACUCGCCACCGAGGCGCCGAUAUGCGAAGAUAAUCCGUCUGUAGGACUCUUAAAUGAAGAACAAAUUAUCAGAAUAGGAGAACACUUGGUCUCGUUGCUUACUGAAACAAAGCACAGAGGAGCAUUCGAACAGGCACACAUAGGAUUCAAUCAACUAUGUACUCGUUUAUGGCGCCUAAAUAAAACGAGCUUAAAUCAAUUGCCUAAAUUAUGGUUACAUCAGAUCAUGACUGCCAUUACAGGAAUUAAAGAGAAUUCGAAAUUAUGUGCAACUAGAAGAAGUGCAGGUGUACCAUUUAUGAUACAGGCUUUACUAUCUACAGAACCUCGCCAACAUAAAGAUACAAAGACCACAACUUUUGAUUGUGUGAUGAAAAUUUUGUUAGGACUCACACAAUUGGAAAGCGAAAAUGUGUGGGAUGAAGUGAAAGAAUUGAUGUACUCUAAUUCAGUAUUUACAGAAUACAAGAAUUUAUGUACACCAUUGAAUGCUCAAGUCACAGAAAUUAAGACACAUGCUCUGAAUGUCUUAAGAGGAAUUUUUAGGCAUUCACAUCUUGCAGAAGUAGUAAAUAACUAUGUUGAAGAUGGUUUAAUAGCGGCGUUUAAGAGCUACGAUGCUUCAACAUGGGCGGAAAGAAACGCGGCAACCUUACUUUUCAGUGCACUUAUCAUCAGAAUAUUUGGUGUUCAACGAACGAAAGACCAUAUUAAUCUUACUACAGACAAUAAAAUGAAUUAUAGAGUGUUCUUUGAAAAGUAUCCUAAUCUAUUGCUAUUCAUUUUGGAGGAAUUGCAAACAUUUGUGGGAAUGGAAGAUACUCUUAUAAAGUCAAACGUGCAAUCGAUUUUAUUACUAUUAUCACGGUUGUAUCAAAGCCAUAAUUCUGAACCUAGCGAUGUUCCAUUGAAAGUUCAUAGCAAUGAUCUUAUACAUUUAGUCAUACAAUGUGGAAAAAGUGCUAUAUUCGAAACACGUAAAUUAGCAGCCAGAGCACUUGUACCUUUGUUGACAGAAGACUCUGUAGGUUGUACUCUAAAAAAAGUAGUUGAAAACAUAAUGUUUGCACAAGAGAAUCGUUUGACCUUAAACUUAGUACAUGGCUAUAUGUUACAAGUACAUGAGAUACUAAAAUAUUUUAACUUCAAGUCAUUUGAAUCUCUCGACAUAGGUUGGAAUGAAUUUUUUAAAAAGACAAUUUGGAUGUUAGAAAAUUUAGAGCAAAGAAAUUCCAAGCCUCCAUGUUUUUUAUUGGCUGAAGUUUAUGUGAAAGUUUGCAGUGAAAUAUGCAAAACAGAUAAAACAUACUUGAUGCAACAAUGUUCAACAUUAAAUAUGCUCGUUUCACAUUUAUUACAUGAAAAAUUAAAACAGGGACCUGCACGAGAAUUGUAUAAAUUAUCAGCCAUGGAAUUCGUUCGAUCGAUAGCGAGGGAAACUUCACUAAUUCAUCAGUGCAUAUUAAUUAAAAUAUAUCUGCAUAAUUUAACAGUUUCUGAAACGCAAAUUAUUGCGUGGUCGAAUGUUAUAGAGAUCAUUAAUGAAGUAAAAUACAACGACGUAUCGGUGUCGUUAUUAGAUUAUGCUGCAGAUCAAAUCCGUGACUCGAUAGAAUAUUUUCAUACGUAUAGUCCUGAAUUACAAGAUGCAAUAUUCGAUUUUCUAUACAACAGUUUAAUAUACCUCGAUCAGAUUGAAUCGUCCGAUGUCACGAGAAAAAUUGACAUUUGCAAAUUUGUGCUGAAUAACAUACGAUUAAAUGAUAAUAAACAUUUUUAUUACGAAAGAGAUUGUUAUCGAAGAUUAUUGGGGAAAUCAUACGUGACUUUAUCAUCUUUACAACAGAACGAGGGAAAAAUUAGUUUGGAGUGUACAUGUGACGUGCUUUAUUACCUUUGUGAUUACCUAUGGAUCGCAACUUUAAGUGGAGAUUUUAGAAGAUCUGUAUUUGAAAUUAUGCAAGACCUAUUCCUAGCCUGCUACAAACGUGACGACGAUCAACAUGUUAAGGUUCAAUGGUGGAGCACAGUGUUGCAAUUAUUACUAGAUAAUAAUCGUAACGUACGACACGAGGCAUUUUUGUUAAUCGAUCAUGUUCCAGUACAUUGUACUUUGUCCAAUAAUGUUUCCCAUCUGAAUUUGUUACUCUCGAAAUUCUACGAAUGGAAUGUACGUAGCAAAAAUCCCGAAUUUAUGUGUGUUGCAAUUUUUUAUUGGAGCAUAGCACUCUUGUGCUAUGACACAGACUACGAAAUGGACGAUACAGAUGUGUUCAAUAAAUGCAUAAAUUACGAUUUCUUUGAGCCUGUAGAGGUGUCAAAGACGUGUGCAGAAUUUAUAAUAAAAAAUAUGAAACGUCAUAUAGACGUUGUAUUAGGAGACGACGCGAUAGAUUGGAUAAAUGCUAUUUUAAAUGUCGAAUUUCAAACAUCUAUCACUUUUCGAACGCUCGUAAAAAGUUACGAAAUCUACGUUCCCGCCAUUGAGAAUAAACUGCAGGAUAUUUUAAACCCGACGUAUAAAAGCAAACUGUUGCAAGUUUUAGCAUACAAAGAAUAUAAAAAGAUAUUUUGA